AAAAAAAAAAAUGCUGAAAUAAUGUCAUCAGAUCUGCUGCUCACAAAAUCCAAUAGAAACGGACUGGGGAAAUUGAGGCAGUCAGCUGAAGGUCCCAUGGUUGAAGUUCCAGGUUCUCAUUUCUAUGGUAGACACUCUUAAAUGACGUGAAAAGCAGACAGAGCUGCAGUGUGAAUUCAAGAGUCUGGAUAGGAGUUCGUCCCUUCAUGGAGAUCUUUACAAAUCUUGCUGGAAAAUGCCCAAAGUCAAAAGAAGCCGGAAAGCUCCUCCACAUGGCUGGGAAUUGAUCGAACCAACAAUGGAUGAACUAGAUCAAAAGAUGAGAGAAGCUGAAACCGAACCCCAUGAGGUGGAAUCUCUGUGGCCCAUUUUCAGAAUCCAUCACCAGAAAACGCGAUACAUAUUUGACCUGUUUUAUAAGCGGAAAGCCAUUAGUAGAGAGCUCUAUGAAUACUGCAUUAAAGAAGGCUAUGCAGACAAAAACCUAAUUGCCAAGUGGAAAAAGCAGGGCUACGAGAACUUGUGCUGCCUACGCUGCAUUCAGACCAGGGACACCAACUUUGGGACGAACUGCAUUUGCCAGGUUCCGAAAAGCAAGCUGGAAGUGGUAAUGGCUGGACGGGGAAUUACUUUCUGUUUAAAGCUCUGCCUUAGUUGGUCAUAAUGGGUAUAUUGGGAAGGAAUUUUGUCAUUGGAAAUCUGUCUGCCAUCCCUCCCAAGAGUGAGUCCUUCUAAUCAGGAUCCUUCCUAGUGAGAUGUAAGACUGGUCUCAACACUACCUGUGGUCAAAUAACUGGAUCAAGCCUUUUUUUAGGCAGUAGCUCUGAGGUGAUGGAAGGGCUACAUUGGCGUGGCUACUAGGCAACCUAUCCCUUUCUCUCUGGCCUCAUGGUGACAAUCUCUGUAUGUCUUCUGUCAUAACUUUGUUCCAAAGCAAGGAGUGGUGACUCAUGCCUUUAAUCCCAGCAUUUGGGAGGUUGAGACCAGCCUGGACUAGCACUGAGAUCGUGUUUCAAAAUAAUGGUUUUAGGGCUAGGCCAGGCACCAGGCAGUGGUGCUGGGGUAUAGUGGCUGAACUCGUUUCCAGACCCUUGAAAUGGAAUACCAGGACAUCAGGCCAGAGAGGCCAUCCACUCACCUUUCAUUCAGUGCAGAUGGCCUCAGCUCAGAAGGCAACUCCUUCUGUCCUCUGUGCCAAGGGUGGGGUUCUGGUAUGGAUGUACCAAGCCAUGGCUAGUGGUUGAUGGCUGUUUCCCAAGAGGAGGCUCUUGGUGUCCCAGCCUCUGGAUUGUUGCUCAGUUGGUAGAGGGCAGCCUUGUAUGCAUGAGGCCCUGGUUCCAUCUCCAGCACCCCAUAGAACCAGAUGUGGUAGUGCACAUCUGUAGACUAAGCUGUGAAAUUUAGAGUUAUUCAUUAUGAGACCUGUCUCAAAGAUUUAGCAAAACUUUACCAGAAAACUUUAUUUGUUUAAAAUGGGCUCUUGGACUCCAGAAAAGAAGGUCAAGACAGCAUUGCUCCAGUCCCCCAGCCAGCAACUAUGCCGCUGGGACAAUACUGUUCUGGCCACAGGAACUUGAGUGCAUACCUUUUGCCCCAGUGUCCUCAGGAACUCUGGCCUAAGCCCUCUAGGCAGUAGCAAGUUCACCAGAGGAAUAAAAAGGCUGGCUUAAAUCAGGUGGUCACACACCUUUACUCCUUUUAGCAGAGACAGCUGAAUCUCUGAGUUCAAGGUCAGCCUGCUCUACAGAGCAAAUUCUAGGCCAUCCAGGAUUGCUACAGAGAGAAACCCUGUCUCAAAAAACGAAAAAAAAAAAAAAAACGGACGGGGGAGGCACUGGCUUACAGAGUAUUCUUUGUGGCGCUAGUAGGUUUGUCUUGCCUUAAUCACACACAGACGUGUAACUUUCAGCUAGUGGUAGCUAUUUCCAUUUUCCCAAAGGAGCUAAACUAUCCAAAUGGAAGUGUCUAGGGACAGGGACUGUCCCACCAGCACCUUGUACAGCACGUUUCAGUAGGUAUGUGCAGGGUUGUAGCAGUGUAUUCAAUGUCCCCGUCUUCUGUUACAGGGUCGCAUCAUCGAGUGCACGCACUGUGGCUGCAGAGGUUGCUCUGGCUGACACCUGUGACUGCGGUACUCUGGACUUUGGACUUUGUUGGUUCCUACCUAUUGGGCCACCCCCUUCCAGAGCAGCUCUUCUCAGAGUGGUACCCAGAGAAGAAACCCAGAGGGAACAUGGGCUCUAGCGGUGAAGGCUUUCCAGUUGCUGAAAUCUGUAAAAAUAAAACCAUUAGACCU